AUGGCCAGCAACAACAAACCCACCACUCCCUCUCGCUCGAGCCCUGCUCGCAAGAGCAGCACCUACCCUCUCCCUCCCACGACCCCUGCAUCAAGACAGCCACAACUCAAAGCACGCACUCCCAGCAACAAAUACUACACCUACAAGGAGUGUGUCGCCAACGACAAGGCGGCCAGAACCCGUGCAAAGUCCCUGGUCAAGCAAUCAGACCAAUACAUCUACGAAAUGUCGCACGAGAAGAGAGAGCAAAUACUCGAGACCGUCGCCAACGAGGUCGAUGCAAAGAGGAUCAGAGACGGCGAGCACGUGUCUUGCCUAUUUGAGGAGGAGGACGUGGUGGAAACGCCCCUGAGCCCCGAGGAGGCGGCCGAGAAAUGGGAGACGACCAGAAGAGAGAUUGCUGCAAAGGUGUCGGGUGUCCGGGGAGUGCCAAAGUCGGAAGUCAGAAUGUUGCCAAAGAAGGUGGUUGUGUCUGGUGAGAAGGUUUCGGUGGAGGAGAUGGAGGAGGACGUCGGUGACCUUGCUGUGGACGUUGAGUCGGCCCCUGAAAAUGUUACCUCGAACGGUAUUCCCGUCAUCAUGAUUGAUGAUAUUUAA